UCCCGUCGGUUAUUUUUAGCAUCCCUCUCCCAGAGGCCAGAGUGGCCGGUUUCUGCCUCCAGCCCUGGAUCCCCCAGGGCGAAGCGCAUUCCCGGCGGGACCGGCCGCCCGCAUGCACCGGAGGAUGGGCGAGGCGGUCGCCCGGGUGGCCAGGAAGGUGAACGACACGGUGGAGAACAAAACGGAUUCCCUGGAUCUGGCCAACUGCAAACUGAUGACCUUCCCUGUGGGAAUCUACAAAGCCAUGAGGAGCGUCACCGAGGGGAUCCAUCGCAUCUCCCUGGCCAACAAUGAGCUCAAGUCCAUCACCAGCCGAUUUGUCACCACCUUCAGCCAGCUGAGAGAGCUCAACCUGGCAGGCAAUUACCUGCACCGCCUGCCCGAGGAAAUCACCUCCCUGCUGCACCUCCGGGCCAUCGACCUCUCCCGCAACAGGUUCCGCCGCUUCCCGGAGCCCCUGGCCACCGUCCCCGCCCUGGAGACCAUCGACCUGGAAGAGAACGAGAUCGCAGAGGUUCCCACGGAUAAACUGGCCUCCAUGGCGCUGCUGCGGAGCCUCAACCUGCGCGCCAACCCCGUGGGCCCGGAGGUGCGGCUGCUGGUGCGGCCCCUCGUUCCCUUCGAGCUGCUGCUGUCUCCGGAGGAGCCCAUCCCCAAAGCCUGACCGCACCCCAAGGUGCCCCGGCCGUCCCGAGGGGCACUGCCCAGCAGAGGGGUCCGGCUUAGCUCCGUCCCUGCUGCGCCCCAAAGCGGGUCCCAAAGCCGAGCCGGUGCCUCGUUUUUCCCAAGUUCAAAGCAAGCGGCGGGGCUCGCCCAUGGAGGGAUGGCUCUGCCUAAUCCCGAGCCGGGCAAUCUCCUGCUUACGCCUUUCGGGGGUGCAGAGGGGCUGCAAGACACCUGGUGGGAGGUUUGGGUGGAGCUGGGGGAUCUGGAUGUGCAGCCUCCCACCCGGGCAGUGACGGGGAGCCGCGGGAUGGCGGAGGACAUGCCUGCAGCUGUAAGGGUUCUCCCUGGAAUUGCUGACACGGUGGUGUGCCAAGUGCCUGAUUAAAUGCUUUCCUGUUA